AUGGGGGAUACAAUAUUAAUUAAUGUUAGGAUACUAUAGUGACAAGAAAGUUAUAAUUUUUUUUUUGAAGCACAAGAAAGUUAUAAUUAACUGUCAAAAAAAGAAAGUUGUAAUUACACAUUUUUCUUUUUCUUUUCAUUUCAUUUCAGAAAAAUUCAUACAAAAACAGAAACAAUCCAAAAUCGAUCAACGUUCUCAUUGCAUAACAAUCAACAAUGGAUGCAAGUGGAAGAAACAGCUAACAGAAAGAGAAAGAAUCAACGAGAAAAUAAAUUCAUACACUCAACACACACACACCGCACUCAGAUCCAAAUCUCCUUCAUCGUUAGCGAUUCGGAUCUCACUCAUCUUCAAUCCAAUUUGAUCCAAUUCAACUUCCAACCAUGAAUCCUUUCUCUUCAGACACGCGUCUCAGGGACAUGAUUCGGGCCAUACGUGCUUGCAAAACAGCAGCAGAGGAACGUGGUGUUGUAAGAAAAGAAUGUGCCGCCAUUCGUGCUUCAAUUGAUGCAAAUGAUCAACACUAUAGGCAUCGAAAUAUGUCCAAACUAAUGUUCAUCCACAUGCUUGGCUACCCCACACAUUUUGGUCAAAUGGAAUGCCUCAAGUUGAUAUCAUCUCCUGGAUUUCCAGAGAAGAGAAUAGGUUACCUUGGCCUUAUGUUGCUUGUUGACGAAAGACAAGAAGUUCUAAUGUUGGUCACCAAUUCUUUGAAACAAGAUCUCAAUCAUACAAAUCAGUAUAUAGUGGGGCUUGCUCUUUGUGCUUUAGGGAACAUUUGUUCAGCAGAAAUGGCUCGUGAUCUUGCACCAGAGGUUGAGAGGUUGCUGCAAUUCAGGGAUCCAAAUAUUCGGAAAAAGGCAGCAAUAUGCUCUCUAAGAAUCAUAAAGAAAGUCCCAGACUUGGCAGAAAAUUUUGUAAAUCCUGCUACUGCCUUACUGAGGGAGAAGCAUCAUGGAGUUUUGAUCACUGGGGUUCAGCUUUGUACAGAGCUAUGUAAAAUCAGCUCCGAAGCUCUUGAACAUAUUAGAAAGAAAUGCACAGAAGGUUUGGUGAGAACUCUAAAGGAUCUAGCAAAUAGUCCUUAUUCACCAGAGUAUGAUAUUGCUGGCAUUACAGACCCUUUUCUCCAUAUCAAAUUGCUAAGACUGUUGCGGGCAUUGGGCGAAGGUGAUGCAGAUGCUAGCGACUCUAUGAACGAUAUACUUGCCCAGGUGGCUUCAAAGACCGAGUCAAACAAAGUUGCCGGGAAUGCCAUUUUGUAUGAGUGUGUUCAAACAAUAAUGAGCAUUGAAGAUAAUGGUGGAUUGCGUGUACUUGCAAUCAAUAUCCUAGGAAGAUUUUUGUCAAAUCGGGAUAACAAUAUCAGAUAUGUGGCAUUGAACAUGCUGAUGAAGGCUGUGAGUGCUGACACUCAGGCAGUGCAGAGACAUCGUGCAACAAUUCUGGAAUGUGUAAAGGAUUCUGAUGCUUCAAUUCGGAAAAGAGCCCUUGAACUUGUUUAUAUUUUGGUGAAUGAAGCCAAUGUGAAGCCGUUAACAAAAGAGCUAGUAGAUUAUCUUGAAGUCAGUGAUCAAGAUUUCAGGGAGGACCUUACUACCAAAAUUUGCUCAAUAGUUUCAAAGUUUUCCCAUGAGAAGAUCUGGUACAUUGAUCAGAUGCUUAAGCUUUUGUCCAAGGCCGGAAAUUUCCUAAAAGAUGAAGUAUGGCAUGCCUUAAUUGUUGUCAUAAGCAACGCUUCCAACCUUCAUGGAUACACCGUAAGAGCAUUAUAUAAGGCAUUUCAGACGUCAACAGAAGAGGAAACCUUCGUUCGUGUUGCAAUGUGGUGUCUUGGAGAGUAUGGCGACUUAUUAAUCAAUAAUGUUGAAAUGCUUGACAUAGAAGAUCCGAUAACAGUGACUGAGUCAGAUGCUGUGGAUGUUGUAGAGCAUGCUUUAAAACGCCAUUCAUCAGAUCUUACCACAAAAGAAAUGGCUUUGGUUGCCUUAUUGAAGCUCUCUUCACGGUUUCCUUCUUGUACAGAGAGAAUCAGAGAAAUAAUCAUUCAGUACAAAGGGAACUUAGUGUUAGAGUUGCAGCAAAGAUCGAUAGAGUUCAAUUCCAUUAUUGCAAAGCAUCAAAAUAUUAGUUCUACACUUGUAGAAAGGAUGCCAGUUUUGGAUGAGGCGACUUUCAAUGCUAGGAGGGCUGGGUCUUUGCCAGACGCAGUUUCAACUCCAACAGGACCUUCAGUUAAUCUUCCAAAUGGAGCAGUCAAAUCUGUGGCUCCUCUUCUAGAUCUGCUUGAUCUAAGUGCAGAUGAUACUCCUGCACCAAGCUCUUCGGGUGGUGAUUUUCUUAAUGAUCUUAUUGGUGUUGAUCCGUCAGUUGUGUCACAACAACCUGGUGCUAUUCAUACUUCAAAAAACAGCACAGAUGUUCUUUUGGAUCUUUUGUCGAUUGGAUCGCCUUCCGCACCUAUUGAAUCACUUCCUGUUCAAAGAAACUCAUCUACAAUUGAUAUAUUAUCUCCCAGUACAAGUAAAAGGGAACCAAUUUCAUCACUGGAUGAUCUCUCAUCAGUUUCACUUUCUUCACGGGCACCUUCAAAUACUGGAGCGGCUUCUAUGACAGAUUUAUUGGAUGGUUUUGCCUCUGGCCCACCAGCAAGUGAAAACAAUGGACUGGUUUAUCCGCCCAUAACUGCAUUUGAGAGUAGCUCCUUGAGGUUGACAUUCAAUCUCUCAAAACAGCCAGGAAGCCCACAAACAACAAAUGUCCAAGCUACCUUUAUGAAUUUGUCCUCUAAUGCAUAUACAGAUUUUGUUUUCCAGGCAGCAGUUCCAAAGUUUCUUCAGUUGCUCUUAGACCCAGCUAGCGGCAAUACUCUCCCUGCUAACGGAAAGGGGUCAAUCACGCAAAAUUUAAAAGUUACUAACAGCCAACAUGGAAAGAAAUCUCUUGUCAUGCGUAUAAGAAUAACAUACAAGAUAAAUGGCGAGGAUAAACUUGAAGAAGGACAAAUCACUAAUUUUCCUCGUGAUUUAUGAGGCGAAAUGGUCAACGCCAGUGAUCAUUCUGGUGAUGCACAAAACCCCAUGUUUUUUACACCUUUCAUGUUACUUGUGCUGUUUUCGUGUUUCAUUCUUUCAAAUGAGGGACCAGUCUGGUUCAAGCAACUGGAACCACUCUCUUGAUCAAAGUUGUGGUCUGUUUGGUGGCCUCACAUUUCACUUUCCGAUGUUUCUCUUUCUUCCUUCCAUAUUUUAUGUACAUUAGUACAAAAAUUUCUGUAUGAAAAUGUCAGAAAUCAAAUUUUGCCUUUCGAGGCACCAAGUAUAGUGUCAUGUUGAGAACAUUUUAGGUGCUUGAUUUUUUUUCCUAUAUGUAGUUCCCGGUUUGGCUGUUUUAGGUCAUAGUGUUGAAAGUAGUUUGAUGUUUCAUACGGAUUUUAGAGUUUAACAACUGUUAUAUAAUAUUUUAUGUAACAUUUUUCCCUCAAGAUUUAAUCCCAAAAUUAUAUCAGGUAAUUCUUAUUUGA